AUGCCGCCAGUAAUCGAUCCUGAAUCUGAUGAAGACGAGGAACAAGUUCAAGUUUCCUCCAAGGAAACUAGAAGACACAAGAGGGAAUUAGACCAAGACGAAGAGAAUGAUAAUGAUGAUGAUGAAGGCGACGUAAAAAGUGGAUCUAAAUCUUCAUCAAACCCUAAAGAUCGUAAUGGGAAAGCUAGUAAAGAUCCAAAACGUAAUGGUAGAAGUGCAAGAAGGAAUAAGACGUCUAAUAAGGCAUUACAAGGUGCAAGCGGUGGUUAUGCAUGGGAAGACGAGAUUAAGAGAAGUUGGGAUUUAGUGCCAGCUGAUGAUGAAGGUGAUAUGGCAGCAUUAGCGGCUAGCAUAGUAGAGUCCAGAAAGAAAAGGACUGCACAAAAAAAUAUUAGUCCGUAUCAAAGAGGUAUUAUUAGAACGUUAAUACUUGUAUUGGAUUGUAGUGAAGCGAUGUUAGAAAAGGACAUGAGACCUAAUAGGCAUGCCAUGUUGGUCCAGUACUCUAUUGAUUUCGUUCAUGAAUUUUUUGAUCAAAAUCCUAUUUCACAGAUUGGUAUCGUUAGCAUGCGUAAUGGCUUGGCACAUAUGAUUAGUCAAGUUAGUGGUAACCCACAGGAUCAUGUAGACGCUUUGAAAUCAAUUAGGAAGCAGGAGCCAAAAGGUAAUCCAUCUUUACAGAAUGCAUUAGAAAUGACAAGGGGGUUGCUGUUGCCGGUGCCGCCUCAUUGUACUAAGGAAGUUCUUAUAGUCUUUGGUUCACUGUCGAGUACAGACCCUGGUGAUAUUCAUCUAACGAUUGGAUCACUAGUGCAAGAAGGUAUACGUGUAAAGAUUAUUGGUCUGUCGGCACAGGUUGCUAUUUGUCGAGAAUUGUGUAAGGCAACCAAUUAUGGUGAUGAGUCGUUUUACAAAGUGCCUCUGGAUGAGAUUCAUUGUAAAGAAUUAUUUGCUGAGGCAGUGACGCCGCUUCCAGUUAAUAAAAUCAAUAAAGGUUUCACGUUGGUUAAGAUGGGCUUUCCUACGAGAAUUUUCGAAGAAGCGCCCACCUUUUGUGCAUGCCAUUCUAAACUGUUGUAUGGUGGAUAUUUUUGUCCAAACUGCCAAAGUAAAGUAUGCUCACUGCCGAUGGUUUGUCCUUGUUGUGAUUUAAUGUUAAUAUUGUCUACCCAUUUAGCGAGAUCCUAUCACCAUCUAAUGCCGUUGAAAACUUUCUCAGAAGUACCUACUGGACAAGUAUUUCCAACGGAAAAUUGUUUCAGUUGUCAAGUGAGAUUCCCUACCGUUAAAAAUCAUAAAACCGGUGAACUUCUAACCAGUUCUAGGUAUAGAUGUGAAGACUGUCUCAAAGAUUUUUGCAUUGAUUGUGAUGUCUUUAUUCAUGAAAUUUUGCAUAAUUGCCCCGGUUGUGAAUCUAAACCAACCAUAACGUGA